AUGGGCGAACAGGAACCGCAACAGAAUGGUUUCCAUCUAGAUGCUCCGAUGAGCCCUCCGUACGAUGACCUGACUCCGCCAGGGGACAAUGGCCUUACAACAGUUGAUCUCAUGGACACUGACUCUCCGCCGGAUUAUGCCCAGUUGAGGAGCCAGGGGGAAAAGACGCAUAGCCCGGUUUUCGAAUUGGGGGGUUAUAGAUGGAGACUUCUUCUAUUCCCGUCAGGGAACAGGACUAGAGACACAGUUUCUGUCUUUCUGGAGUCCUUGGAUGCCUCUGAACAACCCCAGGACUCCGACUGGCACGUUUGCGCGAGGUUCGCCGUAGCGCUCAUAAAUCCCAGGGAUGAGAGCCGGAUCGUCCACCAAGAUGCACAACACAGAUUCGAUUCUCAAUCGGUUGAUUGGGGAUUCAGUGUAAUGACCACCAUCGCGAAGUUAUACCGAGGGUCGGAGGAAAUGCCAGCGAUAAUCGACAGGGAGGAGCUCAACAUUGUGGUGUGGGUCAGGAUAUACCAUGACGACCUGGGUGUAUUGUGGCACAAGUUCGACCGAUGGGAUUCCCGCAAAGAGACCGGAUUCGUGGGGUUGAAGAACCAGGGUGCCACGUGCUACAUGAACUCGGUUCUGCAGUCAUUAUACUUUACGAACUAUUUCAGAAAGGCAACAUUCCAAAUCCCGAGCGAGAACGAAGAUCCACAAAAGUCCAUUGUACUAGCUCUCCAACGCAUUUUCUACAACCUGCAAGCUUCCCCGGAUGCCGUCGGGACAACGGAGUUAACCAAGUCCUUCGGAUGGGAUGCGCUGGACUCGUUCGCGCAGCACGAUGUACAAGAGUUUAACCGUGUCUUGCAGGACAACCUGGAGAGCAAAAUGAAAGGCACGAAAGCUGAAGGAGCGAUAUCGAGAUUGUUUGUUGGGAAGAUGAAAAGUUUCAUUACGUGUAUCAACGUUCCCUAUGAGUCUUCGAGGAUGGAAGAUUUCUACGAUAUCCAACUGAACGUCAAGGGAUGCAAGAACCUAAUCGAAUCCUUCAACGAUUACGUAGCCGUGGAGACUCUGGAUGGCGACAACAAAUACCAAGCGGAAGGCUACGGGCUUCAAGAUGCAAAGAAGGGUGUCAUUUUCACGGCAUUGCCACCAGUGUUGCACUUGCAACUGAAACGCUUCGAGUACGACUUCCAGCGGGACGCCAUGGUGAAGAUCAACGACAGACAUGAAUACCCGACCGAAAUCGAGCUUGACGGGUACCUGGACCCUAGUGUUCCGCAGACUGUCUCUCAGAAAUACCAUCUGCACGGCGUACUUGUGCAUAGCGGAGAUCUUCACGGCGGACACUACCAGGCAUUCCUUCGCCCGGGAUUGGACGAGAAGUGGUACAAGUUCGACGACGAUAGAGUCACCCCUGCGUCCAAGAGGGAAGUCUUUGACGAGAACUUUGGCGGGGAAUUCCAGUCCGCCAACCGCCAGGGUUUGAAGCUGAAGCGGUUCACCAAUGCGUACAUGUUGGUGUACAUUCGCGAUGGCGAUCGCCCCACUGUUCUGGCGCCAGUGACACCAGAGGAUAUUCCGCUACACUUGCAGAAGCGGCUCACGGAGGAAAAGAUCAAUGCUGAGCGCGAGAGGAAGGAACAGGAAGAGGCAUACCUUUACGUCACGGUGCGCAUCAUUCAAGACGAGGACGUUGCUACACAUCACGGCUUCGACCUCUUCAACUUCAACUAUCCCGCGGGCGUCAACGCUCAAAAGGUGCUGAGAACGCAGAAGCUCGGCCAAUUCAAGGCGGACCUGUGUCACCAGCUCGGUUUACAGCCCGAAGAGUUCCGCGUGUGGAACAUGGUCGCCCGACAGAACAAGACACUGCGACCGGACGCAAUCAACACCGUAGACUCUAACGAAUGGACAAUGGAACAGGCGCUCAACAAAAUGGGCAAGUCGAAUAACGAGAUCCGGUUCUACAUUGAGAGCAUCAAAGGCCGCCCGCUCCAUUGGUACUCGUCCUCGGGCAACUACCCCCCACCCGACCAGCCGAAGAUCAGUCCCAUUCGCAAUAAGGAGCCCGGAUCCGGCACUGACAAGGGGCUCACCCUCUGGUUAAAAGAGUACGAUCCCGUCACCGCCAAUCUGCAUUACAUCGGUCGUCUGUACGUCGAUGACAAGGACACGAAAAUCGGGGAAAUCAUCCCUACUCUGGUGGAAGCUGCUGGUCUGGCACCGAGCACCCCUAUCAAGGUUUACGAGGAGGUCAAACCCGAGAUGAUCGACACCCUGAAGCUGAAACUCACCUUCCACACCGCGGAAAUCGGCGACGGAGACAUUCUCGUCAUUCAGCGCGAACUCACUCCGGAAGAGACGGAGGCCAUCCAGGACCCCUCGUUAAAAGACGCCUUGGAUUACUACACCAGGAUGAAGAACCGCGUUACAAUGAGCUUCCGACUCCGUGGUCGCGAGCGUGACGACUCGGAGGCGCUGCAGAUCGUCUUGUCUCGGAGGACCACAUACCCGGAGAUCCAGGAGAUCAUCGCGCAACGCACGGGAGCCGAAUCUGAGAAGAUCCGACUGCUGUCAGUCAUUCCGCACAAUGGAGCCCCGAACUGGAUAUUAGAUAUGGGCUUUGGGCCCAAGGGGGUGCCGGUUCUGGAGGCCAUCCAUCCGGGGCUGGACGCUGGUAUUGUGGUCUAUGAGGUGCUGGGCGUGCAGGUGAAGGAACUUGAGAACAAGCGCUUCAUGAAGGUUUGGUGGGUCGACAAGAAGAACCGGGAGCAGGGACCAUUUGACUUCCUACUGCCAAAGACAGGGAAGGUCGCGGACAUUGGCGUACAAGUUGCGGAGAAGAUCCACGAUGGCACCAUCACCGUGGAUGAAGAUGCAGCAAACCAGGUGUCUCUACAACCACCUCGCUACCGUAUCUACGAGAUUGCACGUGACGGUAGGCUGCUGAAGCUCUACAACGACACGGAUCACAUCGACACUAUCCGUGAUUCCACCGACAUCUAUGUCGAGGUUAGUGUGGACGGGCUUCCGGAAAUCCUGGCUGAUGAAAUCAACGCACACCCCAUCCAAGUCUUCCACUUCACCAAGGAGCUCUCCCGCGGAUUCGGCAUACCACUUUGGCUCCCUAUCAUCCCCGCCGAACCCUUCUCCGCGACCCGUGAACGCCUGCAGGCACGCCUGGGCAUGAACGAAAAGGACUUUGCGAAAGCCAAGUUUGUCCUUGUUAACGCGAGGGGAACGACACGGGCUGAUGAGGCCCUGAUUGAUGUCUUCACCUCGGUUGCAGAUGAUCUGUUGUCCGAGCUGCCGCGCAAUGAGGAAUGGUCACUAGGAGUGGAUCACUUGGACCGAUCUGGAAGAGCGCGUCUCGGCUCAUUCGAGAAGGCCAUCAAGAUCUUUGUGUCGAGGUUCCUUUCAUCCCCUCCACUUCCUGCCCGGGUAUCAAACCCUACCAUGCGCCCAAACUCCGUCCACAUCGCCAUGCCAAAACCCAACCCUUCCGGGGGCUACCUGUCCCUCACCCGACCCGCACCACGCAACGAAGCCAACCCCGUCAAAGUCGCGUUCCUCCUCGCCUCAUUACUCGUCCUCAUUCUAUUCGCGCAUUGUCAGUGGGGAACGGGGGCCGGCCAGUCGAGCGGAUAUGUGCUGCAGGAGGUGGAUGACGAGGUUUUGGAGGUUGAAGAUUAUGUGGGGAGGGCGGAGAAGAUAUUGAGGAAGGUGCCGUUGGUUGAUGGGUGA